GGAAAUCCUGACACAAGUCUUUUCUAAUAUACAGAUCCAUCUCUCCGGCUGGAAACAAAUCACUGGAUCAUUUUGUGUGUCCUAUCCCCCAGGAUUUAUUACAAGAAGGAGAAGGCUUUCCCCUCGGGAGGCUGGCAGCCCUGGCACGUGAGAGUGCAGGAUCUGGGAGGACCACCAUUGCUGGAGGUCGGCCAUGAAAGAUGUCAACUCUCUCACUGCUGAGCCGUGGGAAUGCCCAGGUGGUCAAAACCUCUCAAGAGAAGCUAGUGGUUCGCUAUGAACCUGAGGACUAUUUCAACUGGAAGUCCCGUCAGGAUUUUGACAUCAGAAGAUUUCUUAGUGGUAGAUGUGCUUCCAUUCACUACUGGGCAGUGCCAACUCACAAGACGUACAGCACUAGGAAGGGGGCACUGGUUCUGUAUUCCGAGGACCUGGCUUUGCCAGCAUGGCAUGAAUCCCAGGACAGGAGGGUAAAAAGAAGGCAGCGCUACAAAAGGAAGAGUUAUCAGACUGAGCUCAGCACUCUUCAAGAUUUGACUGGAGCUAUUUUAUCUUAUGGAAGAAAACAGAAGGAUCAGACUGAGCCUUAUUGGCAGCCAUACCUGCAUUUUCUGAAUAAAGAGGAUGUUCACUGUAGAAGACAGAUCCGGCCUGGCUAUUCACCAAAGAGAUAUCUUACCCGUCUCUUCCAAACAUGGGAUCCAAACACAGUUUACAAGCUACAACAAGAAGGAAGCCUUAGAGACUCAGUACAGCUUCAAAAACUCACAGCCUCAGUAGACAGCGGUGGAAGACAUCCAGAUUUGUCAUCUACUCCAUUAAAAUAUAAUCGUUUACCUGUCUUUACCUGCUUACCUUACUGGAGCAAUACAGAUGUGUUCACCAGUCCAGGGAAUUACACCCAAUUGGAAGAAGAGGCUGAGAAUGAAGAACUGGAAUAUGACAAGGAAAUCCUUGAAAUAUAUGGAAAAAAAUCAACUCUACCAAGUACAGCGGCCCUCAGAAAAUCCAGUCCAGAGGCAAGAGAUUGUUAUGUUACACAGAGUUCCUGGAAAGUCAAAGAGCAGAGCAAUUCACAUAUGGGAGAAGCACAACAGAAUCAGUCAAGUGGAGAUGAUACAACAGGCUUUAUGACUGACCGCCAUGAAAAGCCUCCAGCACCUGUAGAUGUGUCUUUUUUUAUGGAAAAUUCUGCAUUUCAUUAUGGAAAGCCUCACAUGACUUUCUAUGGUGGCCCUUUUGCAGGGCAAAGAAAGCACCCACACAGUAAACAGCAUAAGGAUUAUUUAGAACAUCUUCCAGAAGGAGGAUUCUUGCCACCAAUUUCUCAGCUCCCCAGUGCAGAAGUCUUGAAAGAUCCAAUUACUAAGGUGCAAGAAUCCUUAAAGCUACCUCGAAUUAUUGAAGAGCCUUCCAAAAUUCCUCAAAGAAAGAGAAGACGGCAUGCCACUGACCCACCAAAGGAACUCUUGAUUAUACCAUUACUUGUACGUUUUGAGAAUCAGAAAGUAAACCAGGAGGAGCAGACAGGCAUGGGGGAGAUCACUAAGAAUGGAAUUUAUAACUCUAGUAAUAAUGAAGAACCUGCUGGUGGUAAAUCAAAGAGCGAGGAGGAUUUAAACGAAGAGCAAAUGGACCCCCCACCUACCGGUGAUGUACCCAUAGCAGUUGCAGAGAGCAGAUUCAAAACGCUUCAGAUGGAUAUUGAUUGGAACUUGGAUCCUAACACAGGUGGUGAUCUUCCAGCCCCAGAGGCCCCUCCACUAGGUUCUCUACCUCCGAUAAAUAGCAAGAAGAGACCUGGGAACCAAAGCAGCAUGGCAAAUUUAAAGGCAGCCAAUGCUACUAGUAGUGCCAGUGCAAUAAACCCAAAAGGUUUGCCAACUGGUAUCAUUAGAGGAUCUCUCCCAGAAGAACUCAAAGAGUGCUGUAAAGGCAGUUCUGUAGGGAGCCUUAUAAUGGGUCCUGACGGGGAGAUAGUCUGCCUCUCUCUGAUGGGGGCAACACGGGAUGCAGACAUUCCCAUUCGUUUUGAUUUCAUUGCUGAGGAAGAAGAAGAUUGCCUUCCAGUGGAAUCUGCAGGUCAGGAAGAACAAUGGUCUGGUAGUCAGCAGGAUUCCGAGAAAGAGCAAGACAGUGAUAACCCACCUUCUCUCCGGGACUGUUCAGGCUCUUCAGAAAGAGUGUCCACACCUCCCUACCGCAAAGGAAAGAAGGGAAAAAGGAAGAACCCCAACAGUGAGUCAUCUCUGCAAGGGGAAGGUACUGAAGUGAGUGUACAGGAACUUGAACAACAUAGGUUUAGUGAAAAAACUCACAAAGGGCAUAAGAAAGAUGUCAGUAGUGGGAUGAAGAAGGACAAACUGAACAAACUGACUGAGGAGGAAAGUGCUCAAAGGGGAGAGGAUGUAGAAGAAAGAAAUUCAAGGACAAGAUCUCCAGAACAGGAAAGCGAACACUAUUCUGCAGAAAAUGGUUCUGAAGAAGGUGAUGAAGCCUCUAGUACAAGUGUCAAUGAUUUUCAGGAUCAAUACAUUGAAGAAGACGGUACACCUGACCAAAACAUGCAGCCUUCACAGGAAUACAUUCAGCCACCAAAAAGCCCUUACAGCCAACCACAGGAUCCUACAUCUUUUAAUAAAGCACCGAUACAAGCAGAGGCUUCUAGCAGGAGCACAUCGGACAAAGAGCAGCUGGAUUCGACCAUACUGGCAUUAGAGCAGGGGUCUUCUUCAUACGCAUACACUGACAAGCUGAAUAACAAGAGACACAGUGUCCUUACACAGAAAGAUUAUCAUAAAUCAGGCCAAGAGAAAGAAAACGAGCGAGGAGAGCAACAGCAAAUAAAACAUGAAACAGAACAACGGACAAAAAAGGAGGGCCACCAUCCUUUACCAGAUGCCACAAACAUCAGACCAAGACUAAUGGAGGAGAUAUCACAUCAUGAAAGUGCAUCUUCUGAACCGGAUACCAUCAGCUCACAAGAAAGUGCAGACAGUGAUCCUGCAGCCCCCUCUACUGGCCAGGAUCCGAACCACAGUCAGACGUCUGGACAAGUCAUUAAAGGCUCAGGAAAACAACCAAAACUAAAACCCAAGACCUCAGAAGUCACAAAGGCACAAAAUCCAAAGCCCAGUAAUAAAGAUGGAAAUGAUCCUGAAAUUUUUAAAGAUGUGGAGAAAGUGUCCUUUGAGAGGAAAGAGAAUGUGCCUGUCACUCCACAGCAGACCGAAGUUAAACAGGAAAACAGCCACACUGAUGAGAAGCCACAAUUAACAGAAGAAGAAGAGCUGGCACCUCUCCAGGAAAUCACCAGCGCUGUGGCAAAAGACACUACAAAGCUUAAGGGAAAGAAGAAAGCCAAAAAUGAAAAGGCACCAAAUCCAGAGAAGGCUCAAGCUUCACCAGCCAAAAUAGUAAAUCAGAAAGCUGGAGCAGAGCAAGGAAAAGCUGCUUUUGUUGUUGGGAAACCCAAAAAUAAGAAAGGAGAAAGCAACAACUCUUAUCGAAGGAAACCUUCAAUACAAGUGAUGGUGGAAGAUACCAGUCAUGAAACUCAGGAAACAUCUGAAGAGAUACAAGAAGAGGAGGACAAUGACACAGAAAAAAGUGAAGACUCUUAUGUUGUCAUUGAAUAUCACGAGAGAACCCCAACUCCAACACAGUCCAAAGAUAUUCAUCCUGAAUCCGAAUCACCCAAGGCAUACAACCAGAUAUCAGAACAGACAGAUGACAACCAGGUUACGGCCACCCUUGAAGUAACAAGUCAAGCCAAUGAAGAUGAUUAUUCAAAUAGUGAAACAUCAGAGGUCACAAGCAGUUCUAUCCGCCAGAGGAGGUCAUCAAGAGCCCAUGAGAUCUCAGAGAAAGCAGAGAGGAGAAGACUUGAGGUCGAAAGGAAAAGAAGAGAACGAGAGGAACAGUUACGCCUAGAGAAAGAGCAGCAGGAGAGACUAGACAAAAUGAAGGAAGACCUUGAGCAAGAGCAGCUAAGAAGGGCAGAGGAAAUACGUCUGCGGAAGAAACAAGAGGAAGAAGUAAGGCAGCGCCAGGAACAGGAGAGGGCUUACAAAAUGCAACUGGAACAGCAAGCACUAGAGAGAGCGAGGCAGCAGCAAGAGGAACACCGUCGCAAGCUGCAAGAAAUGCAGAGGAGGAAACAGCAGGAAGAGAUGGCAAGAAUAGAAAUGGAGCGUCAGAGACAGAGAGAACAGGAGCGCCUAGAAGCAGAAGAACGUCUGCGACUUCUAGAAAUGGCAGCUGAGGAAAGAGAGGAGUACCAAAGAAAGAAGCGGGAACGAGAAGAACAGGCCAGGAAGGACGCAGAGGAGAGGCAAAGGAAGGCAGAGGAAGAAGCCAAGGCUAUAAUGGAAGAAGCACAGAGACAGGCUCAACUGUUGGCCAAGCAAACAGCAGCUCUGGAGCAACAGCUGCAGUUUAAUCGAGGGCUUCUGCAGGAAUCAGUUGGCAUGGAACAGACACAAGGCAUCACCAGACCUUGGGUUUUCUCCUAUUUUGAGUUUCUGGAGCUACUUGGAAUGCCUCUUCCAGUAGAAGGGGAGUAAGCUGAAAAAUACAACACACAUCUACAGGUUCAAAUGAGGAUUUCCCUAUUCAACUGAAGUGGGUGAAACACCUAAAAUAUUGGGAAAUAAGGCAUGAUAUGAAUUUCCAUUUACCAGCUAGAAAAUUGAUUACAGCCUCAGGCCCACAACUAGUAUUGCAUAGUAACAUAUUACCACAUACUUAAAAUAAAAAUAAAAAAUACA